AUGCGAAUCAUUAUCAUCAGUUUAUUGUUGAGUUUCGUUGUUAAAAGUGAUAGUUUUAAAAUACUUUGCAUUUUUCCUUAUAAUGGUCGAAGUCAUCACAUAUUCUAUUCUUCUCUUGUAGAAGAAUUAGCUAAUAAGGGUCACGAUGUGACCGUAAUCAAUUAUCACCCCUUGAAGAAACUCCCUAAUCUACGGCAAAUAUUCCUCGAAAAUGAAGAAAAUGUUAGUGACAAUCGUAACAUUGAAGACUAUAUGAAAGGAAUGUCUAACGAUUUAUUAAGAGCCUAUGAUAAUGCUCAGUCGCUUAAAUACUUAGCGUACACAAAUUGUAGAAAAUUGAUAUCUAAUCCUGAGGUACAAGAAAUGAUAAAAUAUAGAAAAUUUUAUGAUGUAGCUGUAGUUGAGCAAUUUAUGACAGAUUGUGGUUUAGCAAUCGCUUACAAGUUGGAUGCACCCACAGUUGGCAUAACCGCCCAUACAUUAAUGCCGUGGACGUAUUCGAGGUUAGGAGCGCCCAAUAAUGCCGCCUAUGUACACAAUCAUUAUUUUGGAUCUGGAACUACGCCGAAUAUCUUGAACAGAUUGAAAAGCGCCUUUAUCAACUUUAGUAUGAAUAUAUUCUAUAAGUAUUUUAUACAGGCAACUGAUCAAGAAAUGGUAAAUGAAUUAUAUCCGGAUGUCCCAUCAUUGGAAGAAAUCGGUAAAAACAUGUCUUUGAUAAUGUUAAAUCAGUAUUUUCCUCUAACCGGUCCGCGGUUACACGGUCCCAAUGUUAUUGAAAUUGGCGGCAUGCAAAUAAAUGAAGAUGCUCAAAUAAUAGAUAAGGAUCUACGAAAGUUUUUGGAUACAUCUGACACAGAGGUGGUGUAUUUAAGUUUUGGGACAGUGGCGACUAAUUUUCCUCCAAAUGUUAUUGACGAAAUAAAAAGCUUGAUUGCAAAAUGUAAACUAAGGUUUAUUUGGAAAACAGACAUCUCUGACUGGUCUCCGCCUGGUAACGCAUUUUUAAGAAAAUGGAUGCCACAAGUUUCUGUAUUAUGUCAUCCUAAAGUUAUGGCAUUUAUAACUCAUUCUGGUAUGUUGAGUACUUCAGAGGCCAUACACUGCGGAGUUCCGGUAGUCAGUGUACCACUGUUUGGUGAUCAAUUUGCUAAUGGUUUCUUUGCCGUUGAAAAUGGUUUAGGAGUUACAGUGGAUUUAACAAUGUUUAAUAGCGACGCUUUAGAAAAUGCUUUAUCGAAAAUACUUCAAGAUAAGUUCCAAAAGAGAGCAAAGCUAUUAUCACAGCUGUGGAGAGAUAGGCCUUUAUCUGCCAUGAAUACAGCGAUCUACUGGAUAGAAUACGUCGCAAAGCAUAAGACAGAUGUCAACAUUAAGCCACCCACAGUAGACCUGCCUUUCUAUGAGUUCUUUACGCUGGAUCCCGUUUUUAUAUUUAGCUCAAUAAUUGUUCUGUUUUUAAUCGCUUACAGUAUAGUAAAAAUUAUUUCUUUAGUACGAACCCUAUUUUGUGUUACUUUUAUAUACUUUCAUAGACGAAUUUGUAAAAACAAGAAGGAAUAG